AUGACGCUUCAAAAGCUGCGCACUCUCGUAGCGCAAGGCCGAAAGGCUUUACUCCCAUCCGGCGACAGAAUCUCGAAAAUCCCCGUCAUCGACAUGCUCGCCCACAAUUGGCAUCUCGGACUCACAGCUUUCGGUGGCCCAACAGUACAUUUUCAAAUAUUUCGCGAUUUGUACGUGGCAAAAUACAAAUGGCUCGAUGAUGCAGCAUAUAACGAACUUUUCGCCGUUUCACAAGCACUUUCUGGACCUGCUUCAACGAAAAUGUUAUAUGCGAUUAAUGUUAUGCACUAUGGAUUCUGGACUGGAGUUGCUGCGCUCAUGGUUUGGUCUUUGCCAAUGGCGUUUGCGGCUUUUGGGUUGGGGUUGGGUGUGGGACAGAUUGAAGAUGAACUUCCUGGGCCGGCGUAUGCUCUGUUGAGUGGAUUGAAUAGUGCGACUGUGGGGAUUGUUGCGUUGGCGGGGAUGCAGUUGAGUCAGAAGGCUAUUACCGAUACCACGACGAGGAUUUUGGUCUUUUUUGGGGCGACAGCGGGGAUGUUGUAUAAUGCGCUGUGGUUCUUUCCGGUUUUGAUGGUGGGUGGUGCGUUGACGACGUUGGUGUGGGAUUUGAAGUUCUUGCAGAGAGGUUGGAGGAAGGUCGUGAGGAGGAAGAGGGAGGAGAUCGGAGGAAGUGAGGAUUUGGAGAUGAGGGAUGUUGGUGUUGCCAGUGGUAGUGCUGCGCAAGCGUCCUCUUCUGUGCACCAGCGUAGUGGCGCCAAAGGACCGGAUGAACCUGUUCUGGCCGAGACUGAUUCUCCAUCCGAGCCACAAAGUCGACUCCUCAGGUCUUGGAAGAUCGGAGUGGCUAUCGUGGGUGCUUUCUUCGCCUCCUUCAUCACCGUCAUGGUCUGCCGUGGUAUUUACAGCGGCGACAACAGAGGCUUCGAUCUAUUCUCGAAUCUCUUCCUUGCUGGAACGAUCAUCUUCGGUGGCGGUCCCGUGGUCAUUCCUCUUCUCCGCGACUACAUUGUUGCACCAGGUUGGGUUUCCUCUCGAGAUUUCCUGCUCGGUCUUGCCAUCACUCAAGCUUUUCCAGGUCCAAACUUCAACUUCGCGGUCUACCUUGGAGCUCUUGCCGUCCAAGGCCAAGGCCUACCUGCAUUUGCCGGAUCCUUCAUCGCUUUUGUCGGCAUCUUCACGCCUGGGAUUUGGCUCGUGACUGGUCAGCUGGCAGUUUGGUCCUCAAUACGCAAGAUUCAAGCUGUGCGAUCCGCGCUACGCGGCAUUCACGCCACUGCUGUCGGGCUUGUAUUCACGGCCGUCUAUCGCUUGUUCCAAAUCGGCUACCUGGAUGCUGAUGUUCGAAAUGGUGGCAGCUUGAGCAGAGAUCCCUGGUGGGUCGUGAUUGUGGCUACGGCCUUUGUCGGUGGCAUGCAUUUUCAGCUGUCGCCUCCGCUGGCCAUCCUUCUCGGUGCUGUAAUGGGUCUCAUUUGGUAUGCCAUCGUACGAGCUUGA